CUCGAGAGAGUUUGACUUGAUUAAAAAUGACAAUAGAUAGAAAAUGACAUGUUUGAUUGUCAAUUGUUUGAUUGAGUGUGGAGGACUAGUAAUGAUUCAUAGAUUUUAUAAAAAUCAAUAAGAAAACUGAUGAUUUUGUGUAUGCAUAUUAUUGUGUGUAUUAAUGUUUCAAGUGGAGUGAUCUGAGGAAUUUAUUGGAAAAUCAACAAGUACAGUGAAAUGCUGUUUUGACUUUGGUGUUCUAUGGAAACAAGCAGAUUAUACACAGUAGUAACUGAACUCACAGGAGAAUUUGUGCAGUGUUUAAAUAUUUGUUAACCAGAUUGCUUAGUUUUCAAUGAUAUCUAUUUAUCAAGGACUUAAAUGAAGUUGUUGUAGAAUUUUCCAGAAUUUGAUUGUAUUGACUUUGUUGAAGUGAUGUAUUGGAUAUUUGAUUAAGCAAUGAAUGAUUCAACAGAUUGGGAUAUUAGACAGACGAAGUUAUCAUUGUAUUUCAAAUCAAAAACAAAUUACAACAGUCUUCCAGUAGUAUUCUGUAUUUUCCUAGAAAUCUGAAGAAAGGAUUUACGAACAGGAAAUUCACCAAAAGUGUCAAGGGAGAUAAUGAACAUUGUCUUAAGAUUAUAUUAUUAUUAUGGUUGCUGUAAAACUUCAGUCACAGGAUCAGUAUAACUUGUUAGAUAGCUCAUCUUCAAUAUCACAGGGCUCUGCUGAUUCCAAUUACAGUCAAGACUCAGACAUUUCACUUCAGGACGACAGAGAGGCCCUCAGAAGGGAAACCACACGACAGGCUUUGGAACAACUGACAAAAGCAAAGACAAAACCAGUUGCUUUUGCGGUUCGUACCAACGUAGCAUACAAUGGCUCGGGUGAUAUGGAUUGUCCCGUACAUGACCACCAUGUUAAUUUCGAUGUUAAAGAUUUCUUACAUAUAAAAGAGAAAUUUAACAAUGAAUGGUGGAUAGGUCGUCUGGUAAAGGAGGGCUGUCCUGUUGGAUUUAUACCAAGUCCUGCCAAACUAGAAAACAUGAAAGUUCAACAGCAGCCUGGGACAGCCGGUGGAAGGGGGGCAAAACUUUACACAGCUAAAAACCCUUCGUCGUCUAAUAUAGAGAGUUUAUUAGGUGGUGGAGGGACGAACCCAUCUAAUUCACGUGGCUCAACUCCUCCCACACCAGAUUUAGGGGUGAUCGGGAUGGACACAGAGAAUGGGAUGGAUGGAGGGCAGAGUACAGUUGACGACAGUGAUAGUGUCGGAAACUCUAAACAGUCCAGCAGUGUAACACCUCCUAGUGGCAAGGAGAAAAAGAAACCAUUUUUCAAAAAGUCUGAUAGUAUUCCACCGUAUGAAGUAGUGCCUUCUAUGCGACCUAUAGUACUAGUAGGGCCUUCAUUAAAGGGAUAUGAAGUAACAGAUAUGAUGCAGAAAGCUUUAUUUGAUUUUCUCAAACAUCGGUUUGAGGGCAAAAUCAUCAUAACUAGAGUAUCUGUAGAUAUAUCUUUAGCUAGGAAAUCAAUAGUUAACAAACCAAAUAGGGUACUUGGUACUGGUACCAAUAAAAUGACUGCUGUUGGCGAGGUUCAGGAAGAAAUUGAAAGAAUUUUCGGCUUAUGUAGACAACUACAAUUAGUAGCAUUAGAUUGUGACACUAUAAACCACCCCUCUCAACUAGCCAAGACUUCAUUAGCACCCAUUAUAGUUUAUGUAAAAAUAGCUUCACCAAAGGUAUUACAGCGAUUAAUCAAAUCUCGUGGGAAAGCCCAGAGUCGUAACAUGAAUGUUCAGCUGGUAGCUGCUGAUAAGUUAAACCAGUGUAGUUCUGACAUGUUUGAUGUGAUUCUGGAUGAAAACCAAUUAGAAGAUGCAUGUGAACAUUUAGCUGAAUAUUUAGAAGUUUAUUAUCGCGCUGCUAAUCCUCCUGAUCUGACACCUCAUCAUACGCCACGUCAUCACGGGCACAGCCCUCACUCCCCGACGUCUCUCAGCAGGCAUAAUACAAUGCCUGCCCCACAUGGUUCACAACAUCAUCGUCAUUCAAUGUCUCCUGAACGUGGACAUGAUAGACGUGAAAGACACUCACAUGAACAUGAUGCAGGACGAACUUACGAUAAAAUGCAUGAACGUGAUAUAAGGAAUGAACAUAGGGAAUAUGAUAGACGUAGGGAGCAUGAAUAUAAACAUGAUGACAGGCUUUAUAGUGAUGAACAAGAUUCUAUAGAUCCCAGGUACGGAUCACCAUCAAGAAACUCUAAGUUUAAACCAAUUAAACAAGCCAGUAUAGACAUUUAACCAAUCAAUUUUUGUCCGUUUGAAUAUUCAAUUUAUCCAAUCACCAUGGUUAUACUGUUAACCAAUCAACUAAGACAUGAUACAUAGCAGACCUAACCAAUCAACAUGUUUGUUACUGUAUAGAUAUGGAAUUGUUAUGGAGUAGCACAGCCAUUUUAUUAACUGAUUUCCAAUUUAACCAAUCAACAUUGCUUGUAACUGGAUGAUUAUCCAAUCAACAAUGACUGAGAGUUAUCUCCCUCUUUCAAAUAAAAUCAUGUGAUUUUUGAAUUUUUUCACCUUUUAACUUAUAAUAUUAACACAUGAAUGGAAAGUUUUAUGCUAUGUUUUAUUGAGUAUGAAUGUGUUUGUAUACAUGGAUAAGAAGUAGUAUAUAGUAAAGCUGCUGAAAUUAAAACAUGAAGCCUUCAUCCUUUUUACAUGUGGAAAACCUAGAAAUCAUUUGUAAUUCAGAUAUUUUCAGAAAUGUUGUUUUGAAAUGAGAUAACAAUCUGUUUUUAGAAUGUUCUGUUUUCUGGUCUUUUGAACUUUGAAGUAAAGCUGUGUCUUUUGUAGAACAAUGAUAACUCACUACAAGAUUUGAGAAUCAGAUAUUUUAAUUGUAGUGGUCUUCAGUCAAACACAUAUUUAAUUGAAAAUAUUCUUGUCUUUUAUGUAUAGUAUACAUUUUUUUAAGAGGCCACCAGGUACAUACCGGUAAUUAUUUUUUGGCUGGGUUGAGGACAUAUUGGUGGCCCUGAACUUUUUUAGGCUCAUUGGUCAUGUCUCUUUCACACUUUCUCUAUUCUAUUUUAAGUGAUGUAGUAAUUUUCAGUUUCUAUGAAGGAGGUGAAAUGUUGCAUUUAUUAAUAUUAAGUUGAUCAUGAUUGAUGGCAUUCAGUCUGAAGAAAUAUAAGAUGUAUGAUUGGCAUUUGUUUGCUGUUAUUUUAUUUAUUGACAUAAACUCAACUUGGUUGUCAAUUAACCUCAGUAAUUUUCAUACAAUUAUAAACUGAAUUAUACCAUUAAUGUAUAGAACUGAAUUAUACCAUUAAUGUAUAGAACUGAAUUAUACCAUUAAUGUAUAGAAUAGUGGAAAAUGUUUUCCCAAAUUAUCUUAACUGUAUAUUUAACAUUUUACAAAUACAUGGAAAGGAUGGAGGCUUUAUAAAAAUUGAUGCAUAUAAAAAUGUAUUUGAUUUUUAAAAAUUUAUUUGAUUUAAGAAUACAUUUUUUUCUAAUUAAUUUAUACUGUAUGUGCAAUAGGUGAUCUACACAAAAAUGCAAUGAUUUUUAUUCUGUAUAUUACUUACGUGCAAUCUGCUACCAGUAAAUGUAAAUGUAGGUUUAUGUUGCAUAACCUUACAAUUAAGUAAACUUUGUUUAAUUCUUUACUAUGAGCUUUCAGGGAAUGAUGGUAAAACUUGAUGAAGUUGAGUAUUAAUAAUUUUGUUUAGAUGCUACCUAGCCACUUUUUAAUGAAAACAAUUUAGGAAUCCUUUAAUUUGCAAGUAAAGUACAUGUAGAUUUACUUACUGAAUACAAAUUGAAUUGAGUCUUUUUGUAGUAGUUGUCAUCUAUUAUUCAUUUAAGUAGUUACUUUUAUUAUUGAAUAAUAUUAUUACAUUACUAUAUAUUGAGAUUUAUAGAGGAAAUUUUAAUGAUAUUUUGAAGAAAAAAAUUUAUCAACAAUGUAAGGUUGGAUUUGUAAACCAAAUUACUACAAGCAUAAUAAUAAACUUUCUCAUAGACAUAUACUCCACAUCUUUCAUCAUAAUAUUUGUGUAAGAAUCUCAGUUUUAAUGGUUAGGAUGAAUCUCAAUUUUAUAAAGUUGUAUUUAUAAAUCAAAAGAAUAUUUAUACUAUGAUAUAACACCCUGAUAUUUUUUGUUUUUCCAUUUUACAUGUAAAUCAUAGCAUACAUGUGAUAUACAAAAGCUGUAUUUAUUUACGCUGUUAAGUGCUUUCAAAGAUUGAAUCCAUAUUGGAUAAAUUCACAACAGCCUAUAGAAUAGAAAUAUCAGACCGGAUUGGCUGAGUGGCCCUCUUAAUUUGUGAAACUGCUCAAGCCUGUCAUUGCACUAGUAGGGUUUUAAAUUAUUUUAUUUAAUUUACAUAUAUUUUCCAAAUAUUUUUGAAUUACACUGCCACUGGUUAUUAAAACAUUUUCUUACUUAAAUCUGACCAGAAUGAUGUUUUACAAGCACAUUAAAAGUGGGAUGGAAACAAAACAAGCAUGACAUACUAUCAUUAUCAGAAAAAGCCUACAGGUACUUCUUACAAAUAACAAACAGCAAUAUGAUGAAUAAUGUAUCCACAAUUGGUGCAUUCAAAAUUGAAUUAGUUUUAAAAUCUGAGAUAUCACAUGUAUGUUAAUGAGAUUAAUAUAUAUAUUUUUUUCUUUGUACAAAAUAUUUACUAUUAUUUUAAGUGCAAUAUUUGAUUGUUUACACAUUCAUUGACCAAAAGAAGUUUUGUUAUUUCUAGUAAACCGGUUUUAGUAAAAACAACAAAUCAGUACUUCAAAUGGAAACUUGCUGUUUCUGUUUGAGGGAAAAUUAAAAGUAUAUAGUGACAAAACUGCAUAUACUUGAGAAAUCUGCACAUAUAAUUGUCUGUCUGUAUACUUUUGGGGAUUGGACAGUAACAAUGCAACAUAUAAUUGUAUUUGAUCAUCCCUUAUUAAACAAUUAGUUAUUUUAAAGGUCUGCAUUAAACAAUUACUCACUAGUAAAUGUAAAAUUUCUAAAUUAGUAUACUCAAACUGUGAAAAUAACAAAACAAUGAUUUGGUUUAGGUUGUGACAUAUAUACAUACUUUAAUAUUUACUUUGAACUUAAUGGUUGUGAGAUAUUAAAACAUAAGAAAAAGAUUACAUUUAUGCUUAAUAAACUAAAAUUUAAGAUUAUAAGUACAGUUAUUAAAUGUUAAGGGAUUUUUUAAAACCUAGUGCAUAAUAAAACUUCGUAUUUAAAAAAAAAUAAAUUAAACUAUAAAGUGUGCAUUAUUUUUGUCUUGGUACAUUUGUAAGUUAUAUUUCUUGACCCCAUUUUUCUCUAUGAAAGACAUCACACCAUGGGUUAGGAUCAAGGAGGUGGAUAACUAUAAUUACCCCCAUGUUAUUUUACUCAGAUUCUACAUAAAGAUCUGGUAUAUUUUUCUUUAAAUGCACUGAAUUUCUUGUAAAACCAAAGGGUACAAACAUACAAAAUCCAAAGAGAAAUCCAGAAACAUGAAUAUUCAUGUUAAACAUGAAUAUUCAUGUUGUGUUGACAGAAAUCCUGAGAGUCUUUUCUCUUACGUAAUUUCAUUUUCAUUUGACUAGGAAAUAAUUUACUGUGUCUUAUAUACAACUUACACUGACUCACGCAGGUUAAUCCAUGUCACAUGGUUAUUACUAUUAUAAAACAUUUACAUAAAGAACACAUGCAGCUGUAGCUAUGGUUACAUGAUUACCAGAUGACGACAAGUAGAAAUUAUAUCACUACAGAUUUCUAGUUGGUCAAAAUUUGUGAAAAAUGUCACUAAAUCCUGGAUUUAACAUGGUUAUUCUGUGAACAUUCUAGAUUUUUUAUAUUCUGAUGAAACAAAGAAAACAAAUAACGUUUUUCUGCAACCUUAUGGAAAAUGGAAAAUGGGUUUUCAUGUUCAGUUGUGCAAGUACUGAAUAAAUGUAAGAAAUUACAUAUUGACAAUAAUAGACAACUAACAACUGUUUAAACUUUUUUGUUUGUUAAUGACAUUAUAUUUUACAAGGUCUUGAUAUUGGCUAUUACCCAUAACAGUUUAGUUUAUUUUGCAGAAUGUUUGGUUGUUAAAGUGUAUGUAAGGUUGUUCACUAAUGUUAUAUAUGAAAUCAUUUAAGCUUCUACAAACUUGUACAAUUUUUCACUCAUAUUACUCCAUUUUUGUUGGAUUUGUAAAUAAAAACGGAUUUUUAUCUCCA